UUUUAAUGUGUUUUUACCACUAAAACUUUCAUCCCUGAAGAGUUUGUUGUCUCCCACCUCCUACCAUGCUCCCUGCUCAGGAGGCAGCCAAGAUCUACCACACCAAUUAUGUGCGUAACGCUCGUGCCAUGGGCGUAAUGUGGACGGUUUUUACUAUUACCUUCGCCGUCAUCACCGUGGUAGUGUUCAUCCAGCCCUACUGGAUCGGGGACAGCGUCAACACGCCACAGGCCGGAUACUUCGGCCUCUUCCACUACUGUAUCGGGAACGCGCUCACCUCGGAGCUCGUCUGCAAAGGGAGCGCGCUGGACUUUGGUUCCAUCCCGUCCGGAGCUUUCAAGACGGCCAUGUUCUUCGUGGGGAUCUCCAUGCUGUUGAUCGUGGGCAGCAUCGUCUGCUUCAGCCUCUUCUUCUUCUGCAACGCGGGGAGCGUUUAUAAGAUCUGCGCCUGGAUGCAGCUGGCCUCCAGUACGUGCAUGGUGAUUGGCUGCAUGAUCUAUCCUGACGGCUGGGAUUCUGAUGAAGUGAAGCGCAUGUGUGGUCAACGGACCGACAAAUAUACCCUGGGCAACUGCACCGUGCGCUGGGCGUACAUCCUGGCCAUCAUCAGCAUCAUGGACUCGCUCAGCCUCUCCUUCCUGGCCUUCAGCCUGGGCAGCCGGCAGGACAAGCUGCUGCCUGAGGACUUCCAGGUGGAGGGAAAAGAUAACGCAUAGACCCCUGAAGGAUGACAGAGUAAGGAGCUGGUUAAGAUUUUAUGGAAACUGGCUUGACAGCAUUGAAAACAUACCCCAACUCCAAGGCUUCAUGACAGAAAAUGAUUAAGAUUUUCAUGUCCUCAAAAUAAAAGUCUUAAAGUUUUGAAUCACCAAUGAGCUUCAAUUUUGGUACAUAAUUUUUUUGAAAAUGUGGACUUUG